ACAGGGGGAAAAAAAGAGGGGCUGCGCAUACACGUCACUGGGGGAAGCUGAAUACACUGGGCAAUGUUUAAUUCGCACAAUUAUUUAUUCACCCCUGUUCCCAUUUAUGACCACGGAGCCAUCACAGCUCGAAGUGCGACUUCCUCUUUGUGCUCGGUGUGAGGCGUAUGUCGUCACCCUCACCGCCCGCAGGGGAGCGCUGACACUGUCACACCGCCGCUGAACUUCCCGUCAAGACGCGGCACGGGCGAAAAGAGCUGCUGUUCUGAGAAAAAGGGGAACGACAGCGGGGCUUGUCAAGAAGAGAGGACACACUUAAGUCCUCAAGGCGUCUGGUCACAGAAAGGGUGCUAUUGUCCUCCAGCCGAUGGCGAGCAGAGGCGGUUCUGCUAAUUAGCCUGCGUUGGUCCCUGCAGAAAGGGAUAGGAGAGCGGGGCUGCUAGCUGCAACAGCAGGGUUUAAGGGGGCCGUUGUACACAUUUCCUCCGCAGUCUGGACAUUUCUCCUGUUAACUGGUUUUAUUCCUAAUGAUGGGGUCCUUCAGCGGAUAGUACCCUCCCACCCUUCCGUUUAACCCCACCGUCGCACCCUGGCUCGGAUUCGCCCCUCGGGCGCUGUCCUCGCAGGGGGGUAACGGGUUCACCAUCGCCCGGUAGAGCUAACUACAGGCGGCGGUUUGGUCUUCGUGACCCUUGGCCGCCCUGCCCCUCUGUCCCUAACCGAGUCGGAACAUGGCAGGGAACCUGAAGAAAGGUGGGGGGAUUAUCGGAAUGAUGAAGGAUGCCUUCCAGCCACACCAUCACCACCUCCACUCCCAUCACCAGCCCGGGGCCGUCGACAAGAAAACUGUGGAGAAAUGCUGGAAGCUGAUGGACAAGGUGGUGCGGCUGUGCCAAAACCCCAAACUGGCUCUGAAGAACAGCCCCCCUUACAUCCUCGACCUGCUGCCAGACACGUACCAGCACCUGCGCACCAUCCUGUCUCGCUACGAGGGCAAGAUGGAGACUCUGGGAGACAACGAGUACUUCCGGGUCUUCAUGGAGAACCUGACCAAGAAGACCAAGCAGACCAUCAGCUUGUUCAAGGAAGGCAAGGAGCGCAUGUACGAGGAGAAUUCGCAGCCCAGACGAAACCUCACCAAGCUGUCGUUGAUCUUCAGUCACAUGCUGGCUGAGCUGAAAGCCAUCUUCCCCAAUGGCCUGUUUCAAGGUGUCAGCUUCCGCAUAACCAAAGCUGAUGCUGCAGAGUUCUGGACCCGCGCCUUCGGAGACAAAACCAUUGUGCCUUGGAAGGUGUUCCGUCAGUCUCUCCAUGAGUUUCAUAACAUCAGCUCUGGUCUGGAGGCCAUGGCUCUCAAGUCCACCAUAGACCUUACCUGCAACGAUUAUAUCUCAGUGUUUGAGUUCGACAUCUUCACUCGGCUAUUCCAGCCUUGGUCAUCCCUGCUGCGAAACUGGAACAGCUUGGCUGUUACUCACCCAGGGUACAUGGCCUUCCUCACAUACGAUGAGGUCAAAGCUCGGCUGCAGAAAUUCAUCCACAAGCCUGGCAGUUAUAUCUUCCGACUGAGUUGCACUCGACUGGGCCAGUGGGCCAUCGGUUACGUGACAGCCGAUGGGAAUAUUCUCCAAACCAUUCCCCAUAACAAGCCCCUCUUCCAGGCCCUCAUUGAUGGUUUCAGAGAAGGCUUCUAUUUAUUCCCCGAUGGCCGGACUCAGAACCCCGAUCUGAUGGGUCUGUGUGAGCCUUCACCUCAAGACCACAUUAAAGUCACACAGGAACAAUAUGAGCUGUACUGUGAGAUGGGCUCCACUUUCCAGCUCUGUAAAAUCUGCGCGGAGAAUGACAAAGAUGUGAAGAUCGAGCCCUGUGGCCAUCUGAUGUGCACCUCCUGUCUCACCGCCUGGCAGGAGUCGGAGGGUCAGGGAACGGGAUGCCCCUUCUGCCGGUGUGAGAUUAAAGGUACAGAGCCGAUUGUCGUAGAUCCUUUUGACCCCAAGGACAACAGCGGGGGCUCAAGUCGGGCCGCCAUGGGAGCCGAGGGAGCUCCAUCGCCAAGCUACGACGACGACGAUGACGACAGACUUGAAGACCCCCACCUGGUGAUGAGCAAACUUGCUGGCACAAAGGUGGACCGCCCCCCAUCGCCUAUGUCCAUGCCCCCUCAGUCAUCUCUUCCCCCAGUGCCUCCCAGACUUGACUUGUUACCACACAGACCUCCAAACCCCCCUGGUGCCUCCAGUCCAGGGGCCACCAGUAAGGCAGCAACACAUCACAAAGACAAGCCUCUUCCACUUCCCCCUGCACUGCGGGACCUCCCCCCUCCCCCUCCUCCAGACAGACCCCACGCAGGCGGGGCGGCUCCAGAAGCUCGGCAUCCAAGACGGCCCCUACCCUGCACUCCAGGGGAGCCCCUUCGAGAUAAGCUCCCUCCCACUCCCCCGAACCGUCCUAUGGCUGACUGGAACUCCAGACCCGUUCCCAAAGCUCCCACCCCCUCUUCUUCAUCGUCUUCACCAUCCUCCUCGUCCACCCACGUGCCCAGCCUGGGGGGCGACCUCAGAGCAGGUGUCAGGGAGCUCUCCAACAGACACUCCCUCCCCUUGGCGCUGCCCUCUGCGCUGGACAACCGCGCCGACUCUCAGAAGAACAACAGCUCCCUCAGUCUGGACCAGCAGCUGAAUUUUGUUGACAUAGCUUCUCAAGAUUACGACAACCCCAAAGUGAAACCAUCAGCCUCGGCCAAUGCCAUCUACUCACUGGCAAACAGGUCGUCUCAAGGUUUGAGGCAAGUGCCUGGAGAGGAGGCGUGUGACAGCGAGGAAGACUCUGAGUACAUGAUCCCUUCAUCUCGCCCCAUUGCCGUCCCAUCAGUACCAGACACCCUACAAGUCCAAAGGCCCCCUCACCCUCUGACACAGACUCAAGCCCCUGCAGUCAACUCGCGGCUCACGCUAGGUGCAGAGGUCGGGCUGAUAUCGUAUGAAGCCAUGUACAGCGUCCAGCCGAGGUCACAGCAAGCCAGAGAUUCAGAUUACUCAGAGCUGCCUCCCCUGCCGGUCACCAACGGGCCCAGAGACCACGCAGCGGAGGAUAGAGAGGAAGAGGAUAACGGCUACGACUUCCCAAAGCCCCGGCUACCACAGCCCCCUGCUCGGCGGACCUUCUCAGAAAUGGGGGGUUCUCUGUCUUCAUCUUCAUCCUCCUCAUCGUCGUGCUCGUCCUCCGUGGCAGCCUUUAACCGCCUUUCCCUAGAUUCAGAUUUUGGAGCUGCGGCAUCUGCUUUAGAGCCAGCCGAAGCACCGGAGAGACCUCCAAAGCCGCUGCCCAGACGGAUCAACUCAGAACGCCGCCACAGCCCCGUCCCGCCUGUGCCCGCUCCGCCCGGCGGCGGCGCAGCGGGUGGGGAAGCCAACCCCCUGAUCAGCAGCGAGAUCGAGCACCUCAUGAGUCAGGGCUACUCCUACCAGGACAUCCAGAAAGCUCUGAUGAUUGCACAGAACAAUAUAGAAAUGGCCAAGAACAUCCUGCGUGAGUUCGUCUCUGUUCCCUCCACCGCCCACAUUUUCACAUAGCAGAUUGUGGCGCCCACGAAUCGCGGUUUGCUCUCUUUGCCCUAGCUUGGCUCAGCCUGGUUUGGUUUUGGUCGGCACAGACCCGACCAGAAAAGCCUACUGCCUCCAGGACUACGUAAAGUGCUCCCCUCCCCGACCCCCCUCCCACCAAACCCUCCUGUGGUUUCUGACCUGGCUGUUACUCAACAAGCUCACAGUAUCUGCAGGAAUCUGCGCCAGGCACUCCAUGCGCUUUCAAAAGUGUCAUGCUCUUUUUGUUUUCUUUCUCUUUUCUCUUCGAGUGUUUGGUUUCAGGAGCAUCUCCUCGGGAUCGCCCAAACGCGGCGAUCCGAGACUUUCAUAGGAAUCUGGCGAAGACAGACUCUCAUCUUUCUUGUUGAAGCCUCUCGCUGAAAAUAUAAUCAACACCUCACAAGGAAAACUAAAAGUGUAUGUCUAUAUGAGAAUUUAAUAUAUAAGUAAGUAUAUAUUAAAUGUGUGUAAUAUAUACAGUACGUGCAUAAAUAAUAUGUGAAAAUGGUUCAGAUUGGAGGGUUGCUCUUGGUACCACUGCAGGGAUGGCGGGGAGGUGCGGGGGGACAGGAGUCGGAUUACGGGAAGACAGGAAGGAAGAGGAAGGACGAAUCGGGCGUCUUCCUCACCAGGAUGCGUUAGUCAGCAGAACCUUGGAAAACGUGCAGCAGAGCUUUUCAUCUUGACUUUAGUCGGAUACGGCCUUUAAUUAACGUUGCUUUGGUACUUUUUUUUUUUUUUUACAUAAAAAAAAACAGCAAGCGUGUCGUUGUUUUGUUUGUAGCAUGAUGAUGAUUUCAGGUCUGGACAUGUUGCUGGCUGCUUGUGUGUUUUGUGUACGUGAGCAUGGUUGCCUCUGUGUGUGUGUGUGGGUGUGUGUGUGUGUUUGCCAGACUUUUUACUCCACUCGUCCUCCUCUCGGAUGAAGCCCCUCCCUCUCCUGUCCGUCUCAACAUGAAUGUGUACUCCAGUCCGCGUACUUGGACUCGCGCUCUGUUAAUGUACUACUGCUCUAAGUUAUAAGGCAGGGCCUGGUGUAGCCACAGAGGCUAGCAGACAGGCUAGUUGUUGCGUGAUCUGUGGUGGCUCACAUGUUUUCUUUCUGUUGUCUGAACUCACUGGCUGGACCGGGUUUCUGUCUCCAGCUGAGUCCAGUGUUACAAAACAAAAACGAAAAGAAAAAAAAAAGACUUUCUUUGAUAAUAUAUUGUUGUUAUAUGAUCAUAAAUAUUGUUGGUAUAAUUAAUUCAGAAGUGUUUCACUGCUGCUAUUAUUGUUAGUGCUAAACAAUUAAAGCCUUAAAUGUACAUUUGUGAAUACUCUGUUUAACCGUCAUCCUGCUUCUUUAAAGUGACAGUAUCAUUUGUCCUUCCAGUUCAUAAUGUAGCAUACUUGAAAAGUAUACGCAGCUCGUGAGCCUGCAGCCCUCUCAAGCUGUCGACCUGUUUAGUAUUUUUAACAUUUAGUUCUGUUCUUUCUUUUGUGUAUACACAAGGUUCCUACACGACCGGUGAAAAGGUUGAAAUUUGAUUUUUGCAUUUAAAGUUCGAUUUAUGUGUUUGAGGUCCUAGACUAUCAUAAGUAUUUCCAUUAUCUAAAAGAUACAAAUCUGAAUAUCAGGAGAACAAAAAUUGGCUUUUUUAUACGUUUGAAUCAGCAUAUUUAAGGAAAAUUCACAGAGUAAAUAAUGAUAAAGGGCUAUUUCAGUGUCUUUUUGGUAACUGGUUCCACGUGACUUUAGAAGUUCAUAAAAUUGCAAUACUACUAAUUGGACGCUGUGAUAAUUGAGAUUACCUAUAUUUUCAGCACUUUUCUGUAAUCAUGAAAAGCCCACCACUCUUUAGGCUUUCCUGUAUAAGCACUGCAUGAGGUGUGCUACUUCAUCCAUUCAAUUUAUACAAGCAAGUAAAAGAUUCUAAUACAUGUAGGAUCAUAUAAUUCAGAUUUGACAAGUCUAGAUGUUAAGAUCCAGUUGGUCCAGAAGCCAAACACUGAAUCUAUCGGUCCCAUGUAGGUAACUAAGACUUAAGUGGGUCGCACGUAUACGUCCACGUCUCUUAUAGGUGGAAAGAUUUCUACAUGUCCAGCGUUAUUUCUUUCUUAAAAGUGGCAAAAAAAAUGGUGAAGUUGCCACUUUUCUUCCACUUGGUUGCCAGGUGUUGAAAGGGCUACAUUGCAUUUCUUACUAGAAUAAUUGCACCAGGUUCUUUUCACAGUAUUUUGGCCCCCUGUGCUCUCCAAGGUCAGGGCCCUUUGAGCAAGUCUUUUACCCCUCUUUAAAAUCAACCAACUAGUUACACUCCUUUAGUUCUCCUGCUAAGAAUGUCUUUUUUUUGUGACUAGAAAAAUGUCCAAACGACCAAAUUAGUCUUUCAACGAAUAAUAGAAGAAACCAUCUUUAAGCCAGCUUUAAGGCCGUGAGCAGCAACAUAUAUUGGGUUUUAGAGAUUAUGAAAAAGAGUUGAUCAAAGUCGACCCAGAAGCCCAAAAAAGCAGCGAAAUAGCCCUUUACCACUCUGCGAAAUUAGAAGCCAUCUUCAGUGUUGUAUGAUUUAAAGAUCUGUGAAAUAUAAACUUAUGUACAGUAGUAAUGAGUAAAUUAUUUUUACUCAAUGCCCCAGAGUUUUUUCUAAAAAAAAAAAAAAAA